CAUAUCGACAAUUUGUCUUUGUUUUUGAUUUUUGAAAUUGAAUAAAAAAAGGGAAUCAAAAGGAUGCGGCCUCAGAAAGGGAUGAGGGAGGAGACGAACAACAAGUAUUUUUUAUUUAUGUGGCCUGAUGGGUAAAGUAUCGAUGGUGCUCUCUCUUGAAACAAUAGAGAGCUAUCGGCUGGGCUGAACUGGUUGGAUGUUUUCUCCCUAUAAUGAUCGAUUUUUCUAGACAAUGAAUGUGGGCUAAAUCCCUUUUGUAUUUCGGUCAUCACCGUAUCGUGAGAAUUCGAUUCUUUAUAGAUUGUUCAACAUUCAGCGUUGGGGCAGUCUGGAAUUUGGUUAUACAUGUUUUUCAUCUCUAGCUCGACAAAUGGAACAUUUCCAAUGCAUAGGCAACAUUAGUUGAGGGAAGAGUGUUUAGUUAGCGAGAAUCACCGGGAAUUUAUCUCCAACGUCUGCGAGACUUUUAUUCUAUGAUGGCGAUGGUGUUUUAGCAGUUGGAUUUUUGUUUUGUCAAACAGCAUUGCAACGAUGGCGGAUUUCGUCGGGUUGAUUUGCCCAUUAACUGCGUAUUUAACACUUUUUCUUCUGAUUAGUGAAAUUCCCAAGAUACAAGCCCAGGACGAGGGUUCGAUCAGACUAAGACAGGGCAUCACCAGUGAAAGUGGGUACCUGGAGAUAUUUCACAAUGGUGCCUGGGGACGAGUGUGCGACACACAAUGGGAUCAUAUCGACGCACAUGUUGUCUGCAAGCUGGAAGGUUACAAUGGGGCGAAGUUUCCUCCUGAUCCAUUCAUAGAGACGCCCAACACAGCACGGCCCAUAGUCCUCGAUAACAUUCAAUGUAGCGGGAGGGAAACGGAAACCACCUUUACUGAUUGCGAACACGGACCGUGGGGCAGCUUUGAACCCGAGUGUGAGACGGUUAAGGUCCAAUGUUUGUCAUAUCUUCAACAACACAUCGGAUGCUUUGCAGAUAAUGUGGAACGCAUCCUGCCGGGCUACUCCGCGAACUGCAAUUCAGGACAGAUCGACCCUCGGUGCGGGGGCUGCGACAACACCAACAACGCCUGUGACAGCAUCCAUAUGACCGUAGAGGUAUGCGUGGAGAUCUGCUGCACAAAUAACAAUUUUGUGUACGCCGGUCUGCAGGCGGGUGACGAGUGUUUCUGCGGUGAUAUUACAGCUAACUACGCCAGAUAUGGCAAGCUACCGGAUAGGUCUUGCAAUACACAGUGCAAGGGGGACCCCCAACAGUCAUGCGGUUCGGACUUCAUCGUAGACCUUUACGACUGUAGUUCGGGAUGCGGUAUACCUGAGGGCCUUAUCAGUAGGCCAAACCUCAUCACCAGUCCACCAGUACAGCAUGCCACCUUGUCCAAGACGGGCGAGGAGCUUCGUUUCUCCUGUCGGGUUGGCUUCAAACUGUUUGGGGCAGAUAAGGUCUCCUGUCAACCGGCAGGACAUUGGAGCGCCAUCGUACCUGAGUGUAUCGAUGAAAGUGAAAUUCUACCGGACAUGAUUAACUGCUCCGUUCCUGUUGUUCCGCAAAACGGCCUGUACAUUCCGGUCUUACCCACCUACCGAUCCGGAUCCAAUAUUCAGCUGUUCUGUAAUUCCGGCUUUGAACUGGAAGGUAUUGCAGCCCAGACCUGCAAGCAGGACGGAACAUGGACGUCAGCAGUUCACUCAUGCAAAGUUGUACCGAAAUGUCCCUCCCCUCCCACGCCGUCAAAUGGUGAAUUUUCCCCGGUCAAGUUGAACUAUGAUCCCGGUGAAUCCAUCGUAUUGACGUGCUCCGAUGGAUACAUAGUUCAUGAAGAUGUUAGCACCAACAUUGUCUGCAAAGAUGACAGUACUUGGAGUGAUGUUAUACCUUCGUGCCAAAUGCCGGAGUGUCGACAAUUACCCGAAUACGUGAAUGCUGUAAGGUCAACAGAGGAAACAGCCGUCGGCACAUUAGUGAUGUACAGUUGUAAGCCCGGGUACCAGCUAACAGUCACCACACACAUUCCUUCUAAACGGUGUACCCCAGAAGGUGUAUGGACUGGUGAGAAUCCAGUGUGCGAACAAAUCAAUGAUUGCGAGAGUGAUCCGUGUCUGAACGGUGGGCAGUGUAAUGACGGCACCAACUCCUACGCAUGUAACUGUUUCGACACGGAUUAUAGAGGUGCACAUUGCGAGAUUUAUCUUGCCUGCAAACGGGUGCCAUCCUACCCUAACGCAAUACCCCAUUUUGAAGAUGGUUUACACACACUUGGUUAUAACUGUUCUGAGUUCUUUGAGCAUCAUGGCGACAUACAGCCGUAUAAGAAUUGCAAUGUAAGCCUAAUGUGGGACGGAGUGGACCCUAAUUGUACAGCCGUCUGGUGCGACCCUUCAAAGGUGCCGACAGGCUGGAAAUCCAAAGAUACGGCUUUUCCCGUGAAUACAGUUUACACUUUUAGCUGUACGAAAAACCAGACGACUGGGAAAGGACACAUGCUUUGCCAAACAAAUGGGAAUUGGAGCACCGAUACGCCAAGCUGCGAUGUAACUGCCACAAAUUCAGAUCCUGUGGGAAUUCCAGUGGCUGUAUGGGUUGUGCUGAUCAUACUCUUUGUGUUACUCGUUUUGCUUUGCGUAUCAUGCGUCGUAUAUAAAGUACAUACACGAGACUACGAAGAGUACAAGAAGAACGAGGCCAAUAAUCAGCAGGCGAAUGUACCGAUGCACGGCGUGAUGAUCAGCAACCCCAAACCCAUCGGCGAGAUGAACUACGGAAUGACCAACGACGAAGGCGACACCGGCGUGGCUUCCAACGGUUCCGAUAAUCAAGACUUAUCGAUGGGUUCCGAAGUGAACUAUCCGUAUCACGGUCAACCGUACGCAGACUCGGAGUAUCAGGGCGGAACCAACGACUCCGGGAUGUUCCCCUCAGAUGUAGACAGCGAAGGGGCCAAUGGAUCCGGAAGUCCGGAGGAAGAGGAGGAGGAGGAGGAAGAGGAGGAGGAGGAGGCUGGGCCAUCCGAGGAGCAAACAGAAGCUAACGAUGGAGAAAACAAAAAGGGAGAAGGGGACAAGAAAGACAACGAUUUUGUAGAUGAUAUGCUGGAUUCAGCAAGGGAAAAAUUAGACAAUUGCGUCAUCCAGUAAAAGGAUUUCACUCAGUAGUAACAAAUUUUAACACUCCCUUAUGUGUUAAUGUUGCAUAAUAGUAUAACUUAUUGCAUAAGCGGUUGCCUUGCUGGAUAACUUCAAACAAGGUUGUCAAAAUUUGUGGUAUUGUAAUUGGCUGCUCAUUUGCCGAACUUGACCGAGAAAACCUAUAGUUUCGAAAAUUCAACAGUUUAGCCUGUAUUUACAUGCAAUGCGUUCUUAAACAAAUUUUCUUAGGCUUGUUGUGCAACUAAGUUGCGAAUCACCGGGGGGGGGGGGCAAUUUUGUUGUUCCCUCUCCCGGACAAAAUAAGUAACAUAUUAACCGUAUAAAACAAGUGUACGGGGUCAGAGAGUGCCUCCUCAUGCUGAUGACUGCCCUCUAGACUGGUCUCCUGUCUUUACUUGAGUUUCCCAUGAGACGAAAUGUUAAAAUUUUACACACCGGUUUCACUGUGACUCUUACCAGCUGUUUUCAGUUGCUUUCGUGAUAAUAAUUCAACACUGUGUCCAAACACUUCACAUUUUAAACAAGAACCCGUGAAAUUGUGUCGAUAUUAUUUGGUGUUAGUAAACUCCCAAGCAGCUACGCACUAAACUACAUGUUAAUGGCCUCCUGACCUUUUGAUUAGACCUAUAUAAGACGAUCGUGUUGAAAACUGCACAUUUUAUAUGAAAAUAUAGAACUUAAAGGGGGAAAAAUCGAAAAACAAUUUGUAUAGUAA